AUGACUCGGGCGCUGAAGUUUGUCGGGACAGCCAAGCAGCUGCAGACGUGCCUCGAACCCUACAAACGCGUGCUCGGCGUCGUCGUGCGCGACACGUGCGUCUCGCUGAGCGUCAGCAACCACAUCAACACGCUCGCCGAGCCGCUCCCAGGCCUCAUGCUCCGACAGGGCGAGAUUCCGGAGGCCUCGCUGCGGCGCAUCCUCGCGAAGAGCAACCUCGUCGGGGCGGACGGCGACGUCGGCGCGCUGGUGCUCGGCGCCGAGCGCAUGAACGAUUCCAAGCUGCAAGGCACGCAGGAGAGGGCGAUCGGCGUGCUGAGCAGCGUCCUGCCCGGCGGGCUGCCGGCGAUGGUGCACGACAAGUGGGAGGUGGCCAUGCCGCCGUCGCCGCGGCUGGACCCCGGCACGUGCCCCACGUGCGGUCAGGCGUUUCUGCAACAUUUCCUCGACUCGUGGGGGGAGUUAAACACUUUCGGGUAG